GAUUAACCGGUGAGAUCGAUGUUGCUGCGAGGAAGCCAAGCAACCACCCCAGCAGGCAGGCAGCGUGGGCGAGGCCGCGCGCGCUGGGCAGCAACGCCUCGCCACCACCUGAUUCCCUCCCCCCUGCCUGGCCUGCUGCUGCUCGAUCUUCGGGCGCCGCUCCUCUCUCUUCCCCUCCCUCCGCCUCGAUCGCAUCCAAUUUCAUGGUGAAAUGUUGCUGAGUUACGUGCGAUCGAUGAUCAGCAGCUAGACCGGCCGAUUGACCGGCAGGGAUAGCGUCUACGUGCUCCGCGCUGAGGGCGACGGCCAGCUAGCGAUGGCGGCGUCGUCGACGCUGUCGUCGGCGCUGAGCUCCAUGGAGGUCAUGCUGGACGCGCUCAUGCAGAGGGGAGUAGGGAAGCCGGAGGAGAAGCCCAAGGAGGAGGCGCCACCGGCGCUGCCCACGCGCCCCACGGUGAGGGGCAGGCUGCCGUCUGUGCAGAGGCCUGGUGCCCCGGCCCCGUGGGUUCACCCGCCACGGCAGCCACCAUUGCCGCCACCGCAGGAAGAAGAGGAGAGAUGCGCGGUCAAUCUGGAGCUGGAAAGAAGGGCCAUGCUGGCGGAAGAGGCGGUGAAGCACAGGGACGACGUGGUGAGGCAGAAGGACGACGAGAUAGCCGCGCUGCGUCAGCAGGUCGAGCAUUACGAAUCCAGGCUCUCGGAAUGCGAGGCGAGGAUGAAAUCCGUGGAGGAUGAGCUGCAGAAGCAGAUCACCACGCUGCAGAUGGCUCAGAGCAACGCGGUAAGGACCGGCGGAUCAACGGCACGCCACCGGGAGGAACCGUCAACCACAAGCGGUGCUGCCGGUGCUCCACCAGCUCAGUCCGUGGGGAAGCAGCAGGCACGUGUCAGCGCGGCCGGCCCCGCUGCCGUCGACGAGAGGCAGACCGAGGAUACCGUGAGCCGCUUGGCGACGGAGCUCCGGCGGGAGAGCGAGGCGUUCGAGCAGGGCGCGCGCGCCGCCACCGACGCGAGGCCGCCGACCGCCAAGUCGGUCGACGAGCUCAGGAGGCUGAAGCGGCAGUUCGGGGCGUGGAAGAAGGAGUACGAGGCCCGGCUGCGCAAGGCCAAGGCCGAGCUCAAGAAGCUCGUCCGCUCGGAGAGGGGGGCCAGCAGCCAGGGGAGCCGCCGCCGGUGCUGCUCAUGGAAGAUCAAGCUGCCGAAAUGCAGGCUUCUUCCCAAGUGCUGCGCUCUCAGGCUUCCGAGCCCACCCUCCUGCUCUUUCUGCUGCUGCUUCCGCCGCUGCUGCUAGCCACGCAGGAUCUGCAGACUCUUCUUGACUUGCCUAUUCUACUUGUACAUUGUUGUAAAAAUGUUGAUUGGUGAUCGAAUUGGCAAACGAAGAAUACUGGUCCUCGUGCAUGGCAUGGUAUUUGGUUACCUUUCUAGAAUGGAUUUUAU